AUGCCCAUCCUCCUCCGCCGCCAGCCCACCACCACACGUUGUCAGGCUGUCGUCAUCGCCGGCGCCGCGGCGGCGUUGAUGACGGCGCCCUGCAGCAGCGCCGGCAGCCGUGUGUCGUCGGCGAGCAGCGGUCCUCCAUGCUCAUCUUCCGUCUCCGCCGCCACGCGUCGUCAGGCGGCCGUCGUCGUUUACGAGCUGCCGGCGGCGGCGGCGGACGUGACGGUGUGCAAGGUGGAGGGCGGCCAGCUCAUGUUGCCGUCGACCUUCCCGUACUUCAUACUCGUCGCGCUGGAGGUCGGGGGACUCUUCCGCGGACUUCUGCUGCUGCUGCUGUACAGCCUCUACCCCGUGCUGCUCCUGCUCGGCCAUGGCCGGGCGACCAAGCUCAUGGUCAUGGUGAGCUUUGCCGACGUCAGGAAGGAGGAUGGGUCGUCGUCGUUCAGGGUGGGCAGCGCGGUGAUGCCCAAGCUGUUCCUGGAAGACCCAUCCAUUCUUCACCUUCUCUUUCCCCACCCUCACACCGCCGCCUACCACGCCGUCGUCAUCGUCCUCCUCCCUUCGCCCACCAUCCACAGCCCCCUCGGAUCUCGCCGCCCCUUCCGCCUCCCCCUCCGCUCCUCUCGCCGCUCCUCCGUCCCCCCCCUCUUCGGCAAUCUCGCCGGCGUCCCAACUCUAGCGGGAGCGGCGGUGGCAGCAAGGAGGCGCGGCGGCAACGACCUGCGGCGGUGGAUUUGGCGGCGCCGUCCUAGGGAAGGCCGGAUCCGCCGCCCUAGGAAGGAGCUCGGCUCUCGGCGGCGGGCGGCGGGCACAGUGACAGCCUGCUCCGGCGGAUCUGGUGGCGCCGUCGCAGAGGCGGAGGACAGCGGCGCGCCAGAGACGGAGGGCCCGUCGGGCAGGCCGGCAGCGAGGCGGUGGCGGAGCCGCGGAGGCGGGCCGGCGUGGAUGGGGUCGGUGGAGGUGGCGGUGACCUGGUACGGCGGCGGAAGGGAGUCAAUGCGAGGGGGUUCAGGCAAGGGAGUCAAUGCGAGGGGGUUCAGGCGAGGCUGGCGGCGUGGCUCACACUGUGGCGGCUCCUCUCCUCCGGCGGCAAGGUGCUCGGCGAGGAGGAAAAGGCUGCCGAGAACAUCUACAUCAAGGUGGAGAUAACAUACAGAGGGAGACAGCUCCUCCCGAUCCUGACAUUGCAGCAUUGCUGCUAAGCUCACUUGGAAGAUCUUGGUCAUGCGACAUCCGGUGAAAUUUUGGUUACUGUGAUUGUAUUUGGAUUGUGACUAGAUUUGGCUGUUAACUGUGUUGUAAAUUUUGUGUUGUAUUGGAUGUUUGUUGAGAUGUGUUGGUUUGAAUCUGAGAUUGUAUGAUAAAUUGGAUUGAAUUUGGUGGGCUCAAAUUUAAUGGGUCUGUUUA